AUUAAAACAGUUUAGUCUCGUGUUUAUGUUCUUUUCGUUGGGGGAUUAAUUAGAAAAUUUCGCGUUAAAAUAUGUGUUUUCAUUUUAAAUGUUUUUUAGUGAAUGUUCUCGUUUUCAAUGUUCUUUCUCGGUAACUUUCAAUUAAAUGAUGAUUAAUGGAUUAACGUUCGUUUGUUUGUGUGAUUGUGUCUUUCCUGUUGUGAAUUUCCUUUAUCGUCCAUGAAAAAUUAUCAGCUCAGUUCAUUCACAAAGGAGAAAAAUGUUAUUUUGAUUAAAAAUGGAUACGUUAAAUAGUCAAAAAUCUGUAUGUUCAAAAAUGCCGCCUCAUUUAAUUCUGCUGAAAGAUGUAGCAGAGGAUACUGAAGUAGUUCGAGCUUGCGAAUUAUUCAAAGUACCGGUUACGGUUGCGGAAGAUAUACAAACCAAUCCGGCCGAAGAUGUUUUAUCCAUAUACGUUGUGAAUUCGUUCGAGAACGUCGAAGCAAAUGGAGCGAAUUACAGGUUUCAUGCCCCGGCCCGGAAAUCUAGAAAACCAAGAAGAUCCAAGAAAAAUCACCGAUCCUACGUAGGCGAGAAAAACUUUAGAAUAUUGGGACGUACUGCCAUACUGGAGAUGGCCAAGAAACGAGAAGAAUUGGGUGACGAGUAUUUUCCUUUUUCGACCAUUACAAAACCUUUAUACUGUCACGCCUUAUCGGGCCAAGUCAUAUGUUUUACCGGAUUCAAAAAAGAAGAUGAAUUGCUGAAAUUGAAAUUAUUAGUUCAUCAUAUGGGUGGCAGUGUCCGCAAAGAGAUGCAUUGUAAAGUGACUCAUCUUAUAGCAAAAUUAUGCAGCGGAGAGAAGUAUUUUUACGCGAUGACCUUUAGAGUUCCUGUCGUAUCCGAGAUGUGGGUACACGAUGCGUGGCAAAAUAGAAACGUAAUCGGAUUCAACGCUGCUGAAAAUGAUUUCAUAUCUCAGUAUAAGCUGAAACCAUUCCAUGGAUCUCGUAUAUGUUUCCUCGGGUAUCCGGAAGAAGAAAAGAAUCACAUGAUAGAAGUUCUACGUGAAAAUGGCGGAGAGCCAACGGAUAUAGUGGAUCAGAAUUGUACCCAUCUUGUAACGGACAAAUCGUUGAAUUCGUUUCGCGUCCUAUCCAUGAUAUCCUAUUCGUCUUAUAAACGUCCUAGUACCUCGUUCACUCCCGAUAGUGCAAACAGUACCAGUGAUGCGAUUGUCGUACCUCCUAAAAAAUUGAAAUUCGAUCCCGAAAACACUCCAGAUAAUCGCACGGUUGCCAUCAAAGAUGACACCAUGAUCGUUCCGGCUAAAAAAAUCAAACGUUCGGAUGAUUUGGAAAACCUGGAUCCGAAUUCUGGUACCAGGAACGAAAAAAUAUACAAACCUUUGACAGUGCUAGGAGAAAGUAAUCUGACUCGACGUAAAGUACGAAAACGAACCGGUCAAAAAUCUGUACCCACAGUAUUCGAAAUCACUGCCCGAAGUUCGCCCGAUAAUAAACAAUCGUCUGAUGGCGACCCGGGCAUCAUAAAUCUGGAUCCAUUUGUCGAAAGAUUACCGUCGAGUUUUCAAAGGAAUCGUUCGCACGAGUACUCCGAAGAUGUUGUGUAUUUUUGCACUCCUCCUGGUCCUAAUUAUUCUCGAUGUUAUCCUUCGAAUAAUACUUCGUAUUUAUCCAUCGAAAGUCUCGAUGAACGUGGGCAAAAUCAAGAUGAACUCAUCAAUUAUUCCGAUACGGUUGUAGACGAGACCAAACUAAGCGCCGCGCCUCCGUUAAGACCUACGAGUAAAACUUUCGUCGUGAAAGCUGAAUGGUUCUGGACAUCGGUGCAAAAUGAAGGACGUGAAAAUGAGAAGAAAUUCAUAUUCGAUGUAGAUAGUAAUGCGACACCUCAAAGUUUGAACGAUACGCCGAUAUGCGCGACAUCGAGUACGAGAGCUCGUAAAAGAAAACGUCUGAAGGAUCGAUUUCCAUCUUUUGGAAGCGAUCUAUCGCCCGGACAGUCUGCUCAAAAAAGGAGAUCAUCGGCGUGCGAUGUUACUCGUCAAUCCGAAGGUUCCUUCUUGGACUAUACUGCCAGCCCUGAUUUUGUCGAUGUACGUACAGAAAUCGAAUCACCCAGUUUAGAAAAAUCCAAAAAUACAGCCAGGUUUCAUAAAUUCAUGGAGUUAUGGCAGACUGAGACGAAUUAUGUUGGCAUUUUAAGGACUAUUAUGACUCUAUUUAAAGCAUCUUUAGAAAAAAUGGUUGACACCGAAGCUCAGUUAUUGAAUGCGACCGAAUUGAAAAUAAUUUUUGGCCAUUUACCUCCUAUUUAUUCAGCCCAUUGUGACAUGCUCGAAGAACUCAAAGAAAUGGUUUCCAAAUGGAGCGACGAUAUUAGUGUUGGCGAGCUUAUUUUGAAAUACUCCGAUGCAUUAGUAAAAGCGUAUCCGCCUUUUAUAAAUUUUUUCGAAAAUACUCGCGAAAUGUUGAUCAGAUGCGAUAAAACCAAACCCAGAUUUCACGCUUUUCUGAAAGUUUGCCAGUCAAAGCCAGAAUGCGGAAGGCAAAGUCUUCAAGACUUGUUGAUCCGUCCUGUCCAACGAUUACCCAGUAUUAACUUGCUAUUGAAUGAUAUUUUAAGAUAUACUUCCAAGAAUAGCGUCGAUUAUAAAGCACUAGAAAAAGCAAUUGCCAGUUUGCAAGAUGUAAUGGCACAUAUCAACGAAGAUAAAAGAAAAACUGAAGGCCAGGUUGCCCUGUUUGAUAUUUUCAACGAAAUCGAAAAUUGUCCAGCUUAUUUGGUAUCGUCGCAUAGAUGUUUCAUUAGUCGAUGUGAAGUUACAGAAUUGAGUGAUAAUCUCAGUGGGCGCGGAAAUCCGUUAGUGUUGUUUCUAUUUUCAGAUGUUAUCGAGGUGUGUAAGAAACGUAAAGCAUUUAAUAAUUUAAAAAGUCCGAAAGAAAAUAGCGGGUCGGUUAGCACAAGACACAAUAAAUUAUACAAACACGUUAAAUUGUUACCAUUGAAUUCAGUCUUAAAAGUGAUCGAUAUUAAUGAAACCGAAGACUGUCAUAAUAUAUUCGCAUUGAGAGUGAAAAGCUGCCAAGAUUUGAAGGAAUCUAAAGAGAAAACGUAUUCGUUUACCAUCACCGACGAAUGUAUACAAAAAACUAAUUACCUUCGGAUGUUGUGCAGUCAAAUCGCCAAUAUUGUUUGUAGAACUGAUACUGAUAGUUACUUGAUGUACUCGGAAGCUCAUCAGUUCGAUAUAGAUUCCAGUGAGGUGGCAACUGGUACUCUCGGAAAAGCAUUUAACAGAUUCGCGACCAAAACACGAAUAAAAGUUGGCCGAGCGUUAAGUUUCAAUAAAACGCCGAAUAAAUUAAAAAGAGCAGUUUCUACGAUGAUGAGUCCAUUCGGUAAUCAAAAUGGUCUAACUCCUUCAACUCAGCUGGCCAAUUUACAACUCGCUGCUCUCCCUAACAUUCCUGUAAGUUACGAUGAGAAUGUAAAUUAGGCUCUGAGAUACAAGUUACCAACCACCUGUCGAUUCACGAGUAGUGAUUUUUGAAUCGAUGUUUAUCACGUCGUGUGCAGUAUACUUUACCUAGGCGAAAUCAUUUGACUGAAAUGGGAUUUACAUGUAUGAAUUUCUAUGUGAUUACAUCGAAUGAUUUUUUUUUUUUAAAUUUGUAAUAUCUUGUAAUUAUGUUUCCUCUUUCUUGUACAUUAUCGAGUCUUUUUUAUUUUCUUUCUUUUUUUUGUACGUACUUAUCGCUUAGGUUUCCAUUAUUUUACCUCGUCUUUAUAUUUUCUGCUUAAAAUUACGCUUGUUUGAUGAAUUUUCUUUCCAUUAUUCGAAUAUCUUGAAUUGUACAAACCAGUUUUUUCCCCUCUUUGGAAACGAUGGUGUUAUAACGCGAGAAAUCAUGUUUAUGAAACUAUCCUGACAAAAUUAGUGUAAAAAUUCGUAUUCGUUUCAAAAUUUUGAGAAUAAAAAUCGUCGUUAUUUUAUUCUCCUUUCGAUCGUUUUGUUUUGCUUUUGUUGUGUAUUAUUUGUGAAUACUUUCUUCUAUUCUUUUUUUCUUGCUAGUUAUCUAUUUUCGUAACUUAUUUUUCCAUUUAUUUGCGAAACACCUACAUACUCGUUUUGAGCAUUUGAUGCUAUGGAAACACUACCUAUCUACCCAGUUUAUAUUUUUACGAUUGUAAAAAUCUUUCUUUUUUUUCCUUUUUAAUCGAACGUUUUAUUUUCAAAAUCAUUUUUUAAUUGUCAUUUAUUUGUAUUUUUUUUUUGUAGGUAUAAUUUCUUUUUCUUGUAUACUUAUUUUUUUCGUAUAGUAGUUUACGUGUUUUGUAAACGAUCUAUAUUAUUGAGAAUAAUAAAACGUUUUCAAUAGUUUUUACAAAA